UCUGUCACAUGUCAUCAGGUAGCGUCACGUGACUUUAUAGCACAGGGGUGACAUACGAAAGACUAAACAUGGCGGCGCCCUCCAAGAAAGUGUUUGAGGUCUUCGUGUCCAGAAUACCAUGGACUGUAGCCAGCAAGGAGAUGAGGGAGUACUUUGGGCAGUUUGGCACAGUGAAGAGGUGCUCUCUACCAUUUAAUAAAGAAACAGGCUUCCACAAAGGCUUCUGCUGGGUUGGAUUCACGUCACAGGAAGGACUCAACAAUGCACUUCAGAAAGACCCACACGUGCUGGAGGGAGCCACGCUCCAAGUUCAGAGGAACAGACAUCCAUUUAAAGGACAUAAAUUAGACAAAGACAGCGUACACGACUAGUUUGCUUGCAUUACUACAUUGAUGAGACAAAGAUAUGCUGUUGAUAUUCUGUGAUAUUCAACAUUCUUGCAGUUCUGUGUGGGCCAUAAGUAAAACUUUGAGCAGUACACCAGUGUUGGUGAAUAUAACUCCAUUCUAAAGCCUCUGUUUGACCAGAGUGUGUUCCUCCUUUGGUACACUGUCAGUGAAUUUGGGCCUAAGUGUUAUUGACAUUGUUUUAAUGGUUUGUUCAGUAGUAAUGACUUAAUGUCAGUUAUAGUGUUGUACUAAGCUUUCUGUCACACACCAUCAACAUGAUAUAGAAGCUUUAUGUUAACUUAAAAGGUUUAUCAAACAUCAUUCACUAACUUCCUGUGUAUGGCAAUAAAACAGUAUUUAAUUCCA